AUAUUUAUUUUCUUAAUAGGCCUUAUUAGGCUGAAGCUGAGCACAGCAGAUAUUUAGACAGAGUUAUCUUUCUAAAUCUCUUUUAGAAAUAAUGUCUUCAGCUCUUAUAGAGUAGGCCUACUGUACAUAAACAGAGUAAACACAAGUUGUCAACAUAUUCUAUCCAGACCUGUCAGGCGUACAGGAGGUGGUGUCAGGUCUCUUGUUUCUGCAAAAGGAGACUUGUCAGAAUAGCGCAGGUCAGCUGUCUGAGUCUGAGCAUAUGGAUUCCAGGGGUUAGCAUAUGUUAUGGAGCCUUGUAUUUGAAGUACAAGCUAGAUUUCUUUGCUGGGGUCCGAUUGGUUGUGAAUAUAUUUACCUGAGUCCAGGUUUAGUGUGAAGUGCAUAUGACCCAGAGAUCUCGGUAGAGCCAAAGCCAGAGACAAGGCCUUGCUUGCCCUGCGUGUGCAGCUGCUUUGGUAGUAAAAAAAGGAUGAAGGCAGGUGACGAUGAUGACAAGGAUGUGUGGAACGCCACGUUGGGCAUCCUGGAGAUCGACUCAGGGUCGUGGGUAGAUAGGACAGCCCUCCAUGACGCAGCGUAUCAGGGGAGACUGCUCAAUCUUAAGACCCUCAUCUCUCAGGGUCACAAUGUGAAUGCCCUGACGAUAGACCGUGUGAGCCCUCUUCAUGAAGCCUGUAUUGGUAGCCACGUGUCCUGUGCACGGGCCCUCAUCGAUGCUGGGGCCAAUGUGAAUGUGACCACUAUAGAUGGCGUGACGCCCCUGUUGAACUCUGUGAUCGUGGGCAGUGUGGGGUGUGCAGAGUCCCUCCUGGAGAGCGGAGCCAGACCUCAGGCACUCGCCACCUGCCAGCCCUCCCCACUCCACGAGGCAUGCUCCCGAGGUCACCUUAAGUGUGUGGAGGCCCUGAUUACCUGGGGGGCGGAUGUGGACAUGGACCUUCCUGCCAGCGGGACACCUCUCUACACCUCAUGCCGAACGAGGCACCCCCAGUGUGCCAAGAGACUGCUGGAUGCAGGCGCAGACGUUCAGCUGGGCACGGCGAUGGACACGCCGCUGCACAUGGCUGCUGAGCGGGACUGCACUGAGCUGGUGCAGCUCCUGCUGGAGUUUGGGGCCGACGCCAACGUCAGGAACAUGGAGUUCAAGAGGGCCGUGGAGGCAGCGCCACCCGGCAGUCUCACCGAAGGCUUCCUGCUCGUGUAUGAGGCUACCCCACGUAUCUUGAGCCAUUUGUGCCGGCAGCGAAUCAGAGAGUGUGUUGGUCGCCAGAGACUUCACCUGCUCCCCAGUCUGCCUCUUCCUAAAGCUCUCAGAAACUUUGUGUGCUUCAGAUAGUGAUGUCAGUUCUGCUACUGGACCCCAAAGUAACCAUUGGUGCCAUAGAUGUUUAUACAAGGAUGCAAGGAUACAAGGAUGUUUAUUUGUCACAUGCAUAUGAUUACUAGUGUAAAGAAUGCAGUGAAAUUGUGAGUUCCUUCGCCUAUUGGUACCCCAAAAGCACUUUCCCAUAUUUAUAUGCGUUUUUGAAUAUUUGUUCUUAUGAAGUUCAUAUUUCAGCAUCUGUGUUGCCUUAAUAAAACCUAUUCACUAG